AUGGCGUUCCAGGCUAAGAAACUCAUCAACGACCCUAACGAUGUGGUGACCGAGUUUAUUGAAGGUCUUGUUGAAACAUACCCUGGUUUGCAAUAUUUGGAUGGAUUUCCAGAGGUUAAGGUGGUGCUAAGAGCUGAUGUGUCAGCAGCUACAUAUGAUAAAGUUGCCGUCAUCUCAGGAGGGGGAAGUGGUCACGAGCCAGCUCAUGCAGGAUUUGUGGGAGAAGGGAUGCUAACAGCUGCCAUUUGCGGAGAUGUUUUUGCCUCUCCGCCUGUUGACUCAAUUCUAGCGGGCAUUCGAGCUGUUACUGGCCAUAUGGGAUGCCUUUUGAUUGUUAAGAAUUACACUGGAGAUAGGUUGAACUUUGGUUUGGCUGCUGAGCAAGCAAAAUCUGAAGGUUACAAAGUAGAGAUGGUUAUUGUUGGUGAUGAUUGUGCUUUGCCUCCCCCAAGAGGAAUUGCUGGAAGAAGGGGUUUGGCUGGGACCAUUUUUGUUCAUAAGGUCGCCGGAGCAGCAGCAGCUUCUGGUCUCUCUCUUUCUGAGGUUGCUGCUGAAGCAAAGAAAGCAUCAGAAGUGAUUGGCACAAUGGGUGUUGCAUUGUCUGUCUGCACUCUGCCAGGUCAAGUUACAUCAGAUCGUUUAGGUCCUGGCAAAAUGGAGCUUGGACUUGGGAUUCAUGGAGAACCUGGCGCUGCUGUUGCUGACCUUCAGCCUGUGGAUGUGAUAGUUUCUCAUGUUCUGCAGCAGAUAUUGUCACCGGAGACUGAAUAUGUUCCUAUUACUCGAGGAAGUAGAGUUGUGCUGAUGAUCAAUGGAUUAGGGGCGACUCCUGCUAUGGAAUUGAUGAUUGUAGCUGGGAAGGCAGUGCCUCGGUUACAGCUAGAACAUGGACUAGCUGUUGAUAGGGUGUAUACAGGCUCAUUUAUGACUUCCCUUGACAUGGCAGGAUUUUCAAUUUCGGUAAUGAAAUCUAAUGAGGAAAUUCUGCACCGCUUGGAUGCUCCUACGAAGGCGCCCUGUUGGCCUGUUGGAGCUGAUGGUAAUCGUCCACCUGCCAAGAUUCCUGUCCCUCUUCCACCAUCACUUUCAGUCAAGAAUGAUGAGACACUGAGUCGGCCCGAACAGUUGAAUUCUGUGGGUUAUCUUCUCGAGGUGGCUAUUGAAGCAGCAGUUGCUGCACUUGUCAAUAUAAAGGACAGCUUGAAUGAAUGGGAUAGCAAAGUGGGUGAUGGAGAUUGUGGUUCCACAAUGUUUAGGGGUGCAACCGCAAUACUGGAAGACAUGAAAAAGUAUUAUCCCCUCAAUGACCCUGCUGAAACAGUUAAUGAAAUAGGAUCUUCCGUUCGAAGAGUGAUGGGGGGAACAAGUGGUAUCUUAUAUGACAUAUUUUUCAAGGCCGCAUAUGCACACUUGAAGGCAACCGGAAAAUCAGAUAUCUCACCACUGCAUUGGGCUGGUGCUCUUGAAGCUGCCAUUGCUGCAGUCAGUAAAUAUGGAGGAGCCAGUGCAGGUUACCGCACCUUGUUGGAUGCUCUGAUCCCAGCUUCGACAGUUCUUAAUGAGAGGUUAGCUGCUGGGGAUGAUCCAGUGGAAGCAUUUGUCGGUUCUGCUGAAGCAGCUGUGGCUGGAGCGGAGUCAACUAAGAACAUGCAAGCUCAGGCUGGUCGUUCAUCAUAUGUCUCUGCAGAGAUUCUUUCCUCCGUCCCAGAUCCGGGCGCAAUGGCUGCAGCUUCAUGGUAUAGUGCAGCGGCCUUAUCUGUGAAGGGCAAGUACCGAGCCUCAUAG